CUACCAACAAAAGCAACGCAACACAACACCCUCUCUCUCUCUCUCUCUCUUUCCCAUUCAUUCAUCUUCCCCAAAACCCAAAUUCAAUCCCCAAAUAGGAAAAGGAACAGACAGAAACAAUCAUAGAAUCGGAUAGCCGUCCGUAAUCACAAUCCCUGGCCGCCGAUCAAAACCCAUCCAUGGCGGCGAAAGUCUCGAAUUCCCCGACUUCCAACAGCGGAGGCGGGAGCAGCAGCAGCAGCAGCAGCAGCAGCAACCAAGGCCUGCUUCUAGGUCGGUACGAGAUCGGGAAGCUGCUCGGCCAUGGCACCUUCGCCAAAGUCUACCACGCCAGGAACGUCAAGACGAACGAGAACGUCGCGAUAAAAGUAAUCGACAAGGAGAAAAUCAUGAAGGGCGGCCUAAUCGCCCACAUCAAGCGCGAAAUCUCCAACCUCCGUCGCGUCCGCCACCCGAACAUCGUCCACCUCUUCGAAGUAAUGGCCACCAAGGCCAAGAUCUACUUCGUCAUGGAGUACGUCCGCGGCGGCGAGCUCUUCAAUAAGGUCGCCAAGGGGCGCCUCAAAGAGGACGUCGCCCGCCGCUACUUCCAGCAAUUGGUCUCCGCCGUCGCCUUCUGCCACGCCCGCGGCGUCUUCCACCGCGACCUCAAGCCCGAGAACCUCCUCCUCGACGAGAACGGAAACCUGAAGGUCUCAGAUUUCGGGCUCAGCGCCGUCGCCGAUCAGAUUCGCCAGGACGGCCUCUUCCACACCUUCUGCGGCACCCCUGCCUACGUGGCGCCGGAGGUUCUCGCCAGAAAGGGAUACGACGCCGCGAAGGUAGACAUCUGGUCCUGCGGCGUAAUAUUGUUUGUAUUGAUGGCUGGAUACCUUCCAUUCCACGACCAGAACAUUAUGCUCAUGUAUAAGAAGAUCUACAAGGGCGAUUUCCGCUGCCCUCGGUGGUUCUCCCCAGAACUCGCCAAGCUGCUAACGAAACUCCUCGACACUAAUCCCGCGACUCGAAUCACCAUUACGGAGGUAAUGGAGAAUCGAUGGUUCAAAAGAGGGUUUAAACACAUCAAAUUCUACAUAGAAGAUGAUAGGGUGUACAAUGUAGACGAAUUGAUGAGUCAAGAGCAGCAGGACGAUGCAGGUUCUUGCUCGGAUGCCUCCAUGUCUGAAUCGGAUUCCGAAUUCGAAUCUCGACGAAGAGUGACAUCCCUACCGAGACCCGCGAGUUUGAACGCCUUCGACAUCAUAUCGUUUUCGCCAGGGUUCGAUUUGUCCGGGUUGUUCGAGGAAGGAGGGGAAGGUGCGAGGUUCGUGUCCGGGGCGCCUGUAUCGAAGAUCAUAUCGAAGUUGGAGGAGAUUGCGCAGCUGGUGAGCUUCACGGUGAGGAAGAAGGAUUACAGAGUGAGCUUGGAAGGGUCGAGGGAAGGAGUGAAAGGGCCGUUGUCGAUCGCAGCUGAGAUAUUCGAGUUAACCCCCAAGUUGGUGGUGGUUGAAGUGAAGAAGAAGGGUGGGGAUAAAGGGGAGUACGAUGAUUUCUGCAACAACGAAUUGAGACCUGGGUUGCAGAAAUUGAUGAUGGAGGAAUCUGAACGAGAUGCUUGUGGUGGCGGCAUGGGCUCUACUGCGUGUUCAAUAAUUGAUUCCCCUCCCAGGUUGUCUACUGAUUCAUUGCAAUCAUUUCCUUCUACAUAUGUACCUUCCGAUACAGAAUAAAACAUAGCAAGGAGGAGGGUACUGGGUAAGCUUGUUCAAAAGCAGCUGCCUUUUUUGUAUGAUAAUUCUUCGGUUCUUAAUAUUUUCUUCUUGUGGGUUUCCUUCUUGUUCAUUUUUUGUUUUACUUGUGCUCUGAUUUGUAUAUUCUGUUCCAAGUACAAGAACCACAGAACUUAGAUAGGAUCAAAGAGAAUGGAAUACACAGAGUUUUCGUUGUUUUUGUCUUACUGCAAUUGAGAGUUUUCUGCAAUGUGCGUUACCUGCAAAGUACAAACCAACUUGUUUAAGGCAAUAGAUAUGGCUUGAAUGUACCAUCCAUACUGUUAAGUCGCGUGUCAGUUUAUAUGAGAAGGUAGGUGUGACAAACCCUGUUUGAUAAAGUUUAGUGCUUGGCCACGUUGAGCAAAGAAAAGAUAGUCUGUCUGUCUUUUGUGGGGCACUAAAAGAAGCUAAAACAGAGUGUCAGCAGUGGGCACUGGAAAUGGCAAACACUCUCCUAAUCUCCUUCCUUCCCAACUUGGUAAGCCAUAACGUGCUUUGGUAGGUCUCAGACUAUCGCCUAAUGUCAUGUACCUUCACAUGUACUUAAAGCUGUGCAUUGACCAUAAAAUUUGUACGGCAGAAUGAUCCUCCCUUUUAAUAGCUGCAGAAGUGUUGUUCCUUUUCUUAUUUGAGAUAAGGAAGGUGUAGUAAAACACAAGAAGAAUCGUUCGUACUACCCCGGAUCGAGAGGUCAUUAGUUAUUGUUGUCGCGACAGUGUAUAAUUCCGACGACCAUCGAUCUUAUCCUCUGCUAUCCCCUCUCAUUGGUGUGUUUUGUUAGGGGGAAGCAUGUUUCUCUCAUUUUGCUUGCUGGGUCUGAGGGGGGAUGAUUUCAUCAGUUUUCAUAGCCGGAUGACAUGACGAAAAUGGCGAGUUGUGUCGUUUUGGUUCCAACAAAAGUUGCGUACAGGAGAUGUCUCGAGAGAGGCUGGUGGCGAUGAUGAUGAAAUCAUCAUAUCAUAUCGCGCUUUAGCUUUUGGAAAAGUGGAGACCUUUUUUUCAAUUAUGGGUGCUGAUAUUUUAUUUUGUUGUUCCAACAACUGGACCCUCGCUUUGAGAAGCAUUUGCAGCCGUGCUUUUUCCAGGAGUGCUGAUGAAAGCCAGACAUGGACAGCAAUUUUCCACUCAGGCUCGAGCUCUUUUUCGCUAUUCACUGAGCUACGAUAUAGUAAUAAUAAUCUAAUAAUAGUGCAAUUUGCUUGGUUGUUAGUAGCUAAUUCCUCCAAAGUUCGUGGCGUCCUCUCUCUCUUCUCUGUAGUUUUGUUCAAUGGUUUUCUGUUUGCGCGUCUUGUGGAUCCGGUGGCACGUUCCGUUUGGAAAUACCUGGAACCUGUCACACCUUUCCUUUUCUAUGGAAACCGAAUCCUGUAUUAUAUUAUCUGCUAUUAAAUCUAAUGAACCCUUGUCAUCUUCUAAACAAACACAUUUUCUAAGUUGGCUACAAACAAAACAAGAUAAAGGUUGAGAAUCAAUUGGAUUGUGAGGGAAUUAUUAUUAUGUGACAACUAACCCCAAGUCUAGGUAAACUGUAGGAUUCACACAUUGACAGAUGGGAUUAGGUGCAUGAAGAACACCGAUGGUUCUUUUUAUAAGAUGGCUUGUGGUUGGUUGCUAUUAAAAUGGUCACUUGCCUAGUUGCCUUCAAACUUUGAUACAUUGUCUACUUAACGUUUUGCAUUAAUUGUUCAAAUGAACAUUCUUUUAAUUUCUGCGUACAGGAUGAAUCCAACUCUCUAUUCCAAAUCUUCAAUUGGAUCCUGACCACCCUAUUGGACCGAGAUAUCGAGCCUACCUCUCCAGAGCCCACUUCGCCUAUGGCAGUAGAGCCCAAGACUCCAACACGUGUUGUUGGUAAUGCUUGUAAGACAAGUAGUACUUGUCCUCGUUUGAUAAGGAAUCCAUUUCCAUGUGUAACCCUAGUUGAGCAGUUGCCUAGGUUAUAUAAGGAGCCAGCAGGCCGCACACGACCAUUGUAACGAAUUGAGAUCUCAAUAAUAUUAAUGAUGGAGAGACAGUCCUCUCCCGUGGAUUAGUCUCGAUCAAUCAAACGAUCGAGGAUACCACGUAAAACUCGUGUGUUGUCUUUGUUUGUUCUCGAUUUUUCACACCCCAUCAUAACAUUGUUUGAAACCAAGAAUUCAGUUUAUUCCAACUAAACUUUAUACAUUUGUUUUACCCUACAUCUCAAUUAGUAAGAUGUUAUUCUCUCUUAUGUCCUCCGCUUGUUUGUGCUAUGGCAAAUCUUAUUUACCAAUUGAGCCUUCCACAUUUGAUUCUCAUUAGUUCUCAAGUAAGAUAAGUAACCCACUAGAUAAGCUUUUGAAACAUGUCGUCUUUUGCUCUAGGUAGCCAUUGAAGAUUUGAAAAAUUACUCGGGGAACUUCUUUCUACAUUAAAUUUAUUCAAAAUGA